AUGUAUGCUCCUGCUCCGCUGUGGCUGGCUACCAUCGUCGUGGCCCUCACAGGCUUGGCUGCGUUGUCGCCCAUGGGCGCGGCUGCAGCUCGUGGUGGUAACGACCGGGUGCCGGUGGUCGAGCUGCCGCUGACGCAGGCCCAGGUCAACGCCAACAUGGCUAAGCUGGUGGCGAGCAUCGAGGAGCAGAUUGAUGCCCUCCGGUCGAUGCUGGCGGUGCGGGUCGGACCAGACGCGGACUACGUCAAGCGGCAGCAGGCCCCGACCAACGUGACCGACCUCCCGCCGGCGGCCAACUGCACCGACCUCACCUGCGAUGUGCUCGAUCCCAGCAGGGAAGCCGUGGUGCUGGCCAGCGCGGAAGCCAAUGCGGUGGCCAACGGUCUGCCGUCCUACGUGGGCUCGGUGAUGUACGGCAACUACUGCAUGCUCUACGUGUCCAAGCGCCUCGAGGUGGAGUACCUCAACGCCGCCUACAACGCCAACCUCACCAUGCCCAUCCAGCACGCCGACAAUUUCACCUCCACCAUUUAG